UAGGUUGCUUCCAUUAAACACACAAGGUCACAGAGAUGAGUGGACGAAUAGGAGACCUGAGCCCAAAGCAGGCUGAGAUUUUAGCCGAGUUUCGGGAGAGGAUUCAGGACAUCCUUCCAAGCUUGCCUGCGCAGCAUGAUCACUACCUCCUGCGCUGGCUCAGAGCCCGUAGCUUCAAUGUUCACAAAGCUGAAAGCAUGAUCAGGAAGCAUGUGGUGUUUAGGGAACAGAUGAAAGUAGACACCAUCCUAUCUGACUGGAAACCUCCAGAGGUGAUUGAGAAGUAUGUAUCUGGAGGGAUGUGUGGCUAUGACCGUGAGGGAAGUCCAGUCUGGUACGAUGUGAUUGGCCCUCUGGAUCCUAAAGGUCUGCUGAUGUCAGCCACCAAACAGGACUUCCUGAAGACUAAAAUCCAAAAUACAGAGAUGCUACGGCAGGAAUGUCAAAAACAGUCUGAAAAGUUGGGGAAGUACAUUGAAUCCAUCACUCUAAUCUAUGACUGUGAAGGACUUGGAUUGAAGCACAUUUGGAAACCUGCUAUUGAGACCUAUGGAGAGAUCCUCACCAUGUUUGAAGACAACUAUCCUGAAGGCUUGAAGAGGGUGUUUCUCAUCAAAGCGCCCAAAAUGUUUCCUGUGGCCUACAACCUGAUCAAACACUUUCUGUGCGAGGAAACACGGCGCAAGAUCAUUGUUUUAGGAAGUAACUGGCAAGAAGUGCUACGUGAACAUAUUGACCCAGAUCAGCUUCCAGUGGUGUAUGGAGGAACUCUGACUGACCCUGAUGGAGACCCUCACUGCAGAACCAUGAUCAAUUUUGGUGGUACAGUUCCCAAGUCCUACUAUGUGCAGGAUUCAGUGAAGGUUCAGUAUAACAAAAGUGUGACCAUCAGCCGUGGCUCUGUCAUCCAGCUGGAGUAUGAUGUUCCUGCAGCCAGCAGCCUCCUGAGGUGGCAGUUUGCCAGUGAUGGAGCAGAUAUUGGGUUUGGAGUGUACAAGAGGACUAAAGAGGGCAGCCAACAGAAGAUAGCUGAAAUGCAGCAAGUUCUACCCAGUGAGCGGUACAAUGCACACUUGGUCCCUGAAGAUAGCUGCCUCACCUGUCCUGAGCCCGGAGUCUAUGUGCUGUGUUUUGAUAACAGCUACAGCAUCCUUCAGUCCAAGAAAGUGAGAUACAAGGUUGAAGUUAUUCCACCGGCAGAUGUUCUGAUGCAAUAUCCACGCAGCAGUGGUGAUGGAAGGCUACAGUGAGGACACCCACAGCUGAGAGGACACAGUUCUGAUCUUUGUUACUAGUUAGCUAUGUCAUCCCAUCGGGGCUAAAUUACCUCCACUUCUUCCACUGUGUUCAGUAUGUAUGAAUUCAUGAUACACACAUGCAUACAUUUGUUGUAAUUUUAUUACGAAGUGACUUAAAACCAGGCUGAAUUUGGGGGAGUCACAGCUGAAUCUGCAGCUUUCUUUAUCUUUAUAGAACUUUUCACUGAUUAAAACUUGGAGUUUACCUGACUAAUUGCUAAACAGCCCAUGAUAGCUGAUUUUACUGGUCACUUUGAAUCAGCAAAAAAAAAAAAGUUUGUGAACACAUGUCAUUAACAAUGUCACCAGUCAGACCAAGAUGAUCAUGUAUUUGGAGAUGUUUUUGUAUACAUCUGAUUCAUUUUGAGCUCUGUUUUUGGUAUCUACCCCCUCUCGAGGGAAUUAUCUGGGGGGGGUCAGCCCCAUUUUGAUCACAAACUUUAUGUAAUUCAUCUAUAUGUAGUCUGUGAGUUAAGCUUGUGAGGGAAGUUAAACAAAAUAUCUAAAUCAACAAUCAAUAUAUAUUUCUCAAUCAAACGCUAAAUCAUGAGAUAACUUAUGAACAUGUAUUUACACAUACAUUUAGGACACUGUACACAUUAUAAUUAAACACUGUUAGGUGUGUUUGGCUUCUUAAGGCUUGUAGUUAAUGUAACAGAUGAGUUACUUUAAUUGGAGAGUUUUUCACAGACUUCUGAAGGUUUACUUCAGCAUCUUUUAGUGGUAGCUUUAGCUAGUAUUGAGUGGUACAUACAGUAUUAUUAAGGGAAAUAUUAAACAAAUUGAGAGAAAUAACAGGGUUGGUUUGCCCACGGUGUAAUGUAGCCAUUGUUUUCCACUGCAAAGAAGAACCAUUCAGAACAACAGUGACAAAAAGAAAUGUUUACUUUAUACAGCAUUUCAAACCAGAACCACAAUUAACUGUACAAGCUCAUCAUUUAAUACUGAAGGACCACAUUUGUAAAGAUUUACUGUGUUCUAGUAAUUUUUGUAAUUAAUAUGGUAAUAUAUUAGUAAGCUGUUAAUAUAUACGUGCUUUGUGAAAUAUAGUAUAAUAUAAGUGCUUUGUAUAAGUGCGUCAGUUUGGGAUGGAUACGAGACAAAAGGCUUAAGUUUUAAAAGGCCCCCAACAUCAUGUUUUUGUUGCCAUAUUUGUCUCUUUAUAGUCAUCCUGUCUGUGUAGAUGUGUUCAGCUCAUUGUGGUAGUUUUGCAUCUUGUACAUAGUUUCUCUGUCUUAAUAUUGACAUGUUUUGUUAUGUAAUCUUGGCCUGUUCUAUGAAGAGAGUUGAACAUAUCCAGGGUGGCUUUUUGUAAUCUGGAUUCAUCCACUAACCUGGUUAUUAGCUGGUUAUCAGCUUGUACAUUUCAUUAUUUUUUUUAAAAGAGAGUUUUAGGUUUUAUUCUGUUGCCUGGAUUGUUAUUAGCUGUUUGAGAGCAUGUAAAGAAUAAAUAUAAAAAUAGAAUUCAAAUGAAGGCUUAGAGCUGGAAUUUGGAACAUAUCCUGCUCAACAACAGUACAAUUUACCAUGGCAAUAUACCCUCAUAAGAAGCUAACUACCUUCAUGAUACAAAACACGCCAGGAUUAACCAGUGGAAAUAUGGUUAAAGAGGUUAAGUAAUACAAACUUCCGUGUUAGAGGAAACACACUGUAAAGUAAUACAGUAUUACAAGUGUACAUUUUAGGCACUUUGGUGGGUAAGAUUGGAACAGAGCUACUACAUUUAAAAAAAAGUUUAGCCUAUUUGAAAGAAAGAAAGGUGUCAUAAAAGCAGACUGUGUAAAUUAACCAACUUAGCAAUAUCACAAUUCUAUCUUUUAGACAUGUGAGAAUAAUGGAUUGUAACCGACUAUUUCUUUAAAUAGAGUAAAAAAAAUAAAAUAAAUAACACCAGAACGUAAUGGGUAGGCUUAGUUUAUGUGCAAAUUGCAUAUAAAGUCCACAAGUACAAAUAGUUUUUCUGGUUUGGGAUUGUAUAUUAAAGCUUAAAGAACAAUAAAAUUGCUGUAAAAUUGUUUGGAAUUAAAAGAAAAAAAUCUAAUCUUGGUGUAGGCUCUGCUUGGCUUACCUCUACCUGUAGGGAGAGCCCCUGAGCAACCCAUCCACUGACUGACGUUUCUGUAUUUGACUGGUGUAUGUGUUAAAAGCACAUGAUACUACAAACAUACACAGAGGCAAAACAGUCAAAUUACUUUCUGGGGCUAUUUAUCAAAUCAAAUUCUGAAGUUUUGUUUGAUAAUUGUACCUCCACUCUGCUCAAACUGGAUAAUAAUGGCCUUUAUAGUGCAGCAAUCAGUAAUUAUAAUCUCUUGAAAUUAAAGAUGUACAGAAUUAUAAUUGAUCCACAAUCUAAAGAAGCAUGACGUCAUGAUUUCUUAAUCAUUGGAAACUCUGUCAUUGUGGAAUUUUAAUAAAGAAAUUUUUAUUCAUAAA